CUGGAUGCCAAGGAAGAUGUGGCGUGUCAUCACUAUCAACACCAUUCGACCAAUGAAAUAUUUGUAUGUAUUCACUUCAACCAAUUUCAAAGUUUUCACAAAAAUGUAACCUCGGUCGAGUUAUUCACUAUUUUAACCACUUAUACCCCAACCGAUCAGGUGAAUUCUACUCUUCAUUUACAAAAGAUGUUUAUCAUGGAUGAGGUGACGUUAAACUAUAUAGUGUUCUGUGCUGCCAUGGUACCGAUCAUCCUCUAUGGUAUAGUUGGAACAUUCUUCUGCGUCUCAUUAUUCUAUGCAAAAUUUUAUCUACACCGAAAAGGUGACCCCAGUCUGCUUCUGACUGAAUUACCUGGAGUUUCAAUAAUAAAACCACUAAUGGGUGUUGACCCACUCCUAGAGGAGAACCUAGAAAGCCAUUUCCUCAUCAAUUAUCCAAAGUAUGAACUGCUGUUAUGCGUACAAGAUGAACAAGAUCCUGUGUUAGAGUUAAUCCAAAAACUUAAGGCAAGGUACCCCAAGGUUGACACCACAUUGUUCAUUGCUGGUGAGGUUUACACAUGGAGCGGGGAAUCUUUCCAAAUUGUUGGUGAAGGGCAAGUAACGCAGCGAGGAGAAGAUGGUAUAAUAAACCCCAUGGUCCAUAACAUGGCACCUGGCUACAACCAUGCAAGCUAUGACCUUAUAUGGAUCAGUACAAGCAGAAUCAAAGCUAGUACAGAAAUCCUGCUAGAUAUGGUAGGGAAAAUCCAGCCUGCUAAGGUUGCAAUGGUCCAUCAGAUGCCCUUCACGACUGACCAGAAAGGUAUCGCAGCUACGGUUGAAAAGAUAUACUUUGGCUGCAACAUCGCCCGGAACUAUCUAGCUCUAAAUGUGUUCAAUGUCCCUUGUGUAACUGGCAUGUCCUAUCUGGUGAAGAAGGCUGCUCUAGAUGAAAUCAAUGGGCUUAGUUACUAUGGAAAAUAUUUAGCUGAAGAUUUUUUCAUAGCUAAAUUUCUUCAUGAAAAGGGUUACAUCUUGAGAGUAGCUGCUGUCCCUGCCCAGCAGAAUGUAGCAAGCUGCACAGUUGUAGGCUAUAAGGACAGGAUGGUGAGAUGGUUGCGAUUACGUCUUAACAUGAUGUGGUUUGUCUCUGGAGUCCUGGAACCCAUGAGUGAGGCCCUUAUACUAGGGACAUACGGGGCUUGGGCUAUUCACCAUUUCUUCGGCUACAACCCAUACAUUGUGUUCCUCAUACACACUUCCGUGUGGAUCAUAUUAGACUACAUUAACCUGCGGAUGAUAGAGAAUGGCCCCCUGCCUUUUAAUAAACUGCAGUUUGCUCUUGGUUGGUUUAUAAGAGAAACACUAGUAAUAUUUGUAUUUUUUGAGGCUCUAACCAAUCCAUGGAGAAUAAAAUGGGGGAAAAGGACUUACCGUGUUUCUUGCGGCGGACACACAGAAAUCCUAAAUGAUAAAGCUAUACUUCCCAUAUAGUGACCUUUGCUCUUGAGAUCUGAAUUUGAACAUAGGAUACAUAUUAUAUGUAUAUACUAUACAUGGAACAUGCUAGUGUGGUAAUUUUCCAUAUAACUCUUCUAUGUAUUAUUUAUAUGGAUUAUGGGAUUAUCUUAAAAAGCAGUAUUUAACUAUAAGAGUCAUCUCAUAAUAUGCCUCAGACAUGUGUCAAGUUGAACUCCCACUAUGGUAAAUGUUUGCAUUAUGAUGUCACAUACUUGAACAAUGACCUCUGUUUCAUGAUGUCAUAAACCCUAGUCUGAUAUUAGACACAUGAUUUUGAGGUGAGAUAGUACAGGGUGACCCAAAAAACAGAACCCAGAUAUCUUUAGAUACAAGUUAUUGGCUUUACUUUU